AUGAGUAAAAGUGAUAAGUCUCAAAAUAUUUUUGAUUAUAAGACUGAAACUCUUGACUAUUGGAAAUAAACAUUAGAAACUUUAUAGUUAUCAGUUGAAUUCGAUGUAUGUUUCAUCUUUUAGUAUAAUAAUUAGGAAAAAAAUAAAUUCAUUGCUCCAACUCUUGUUGAAUAUGUUUUAGCAACUCUUCAAUUAAUGAUUCAAGUUAAGGGUUAAUAUAGUGAAGAUAGCUUCAUUAUUGCACUCUCUAAAUUUGCUGUAUCAACAUCUAUUUUAUUUAAGGAAUUCUAAUAAAAAAAUGUUAAGAAAUUUAUGACUACAUUUCUUAAUUCAUUUUAGUUUUUAUUAAAAGGAAAUCAAGAAAUUUGUUAUUUUACUAUAAUGUUGAGUCCUAAUGAACUUAUUAAAGCUAAUUCUGAAUAAUUCUCAUUUUAUCUUAAAUUAAGAAAAUAUAUUUAUGCAAAUUUUAUCAAUGAAAGAGAAACUAAAAUUAAACCAUUAACUUUUGGUAUACUAUUUAAUUAUUUUUAGAUUAAUGGGUUUCUGUUGUUUCUAAAUAAAUGGAUAAUUCUGCUAUCAGUCUCAUUGGAAAUAGAAUAAGAGAAGAAGCUGAAGAAAAAUCUAAAGAUAAAAUACUUAAAAAUAGGUAAAUUACUUUUUAUUAUUUUUUAGUGUUAAACCUUAUGAUUUAUUAAUUUAUUGCUAUGAAUUAUAUUCAAAAAGACUUUAAUAAUAACCUUAAUAAAGAUAAGUAGCUACUUUUUCACCUUAAUAAUAAAAAGAUGAAGAAAUACCCUUAAAAUCAUCUGUUUAACCAAUACCACAAUAAUAAUAAUAAUAAUAAUAAUAAUAAUAAAAACAAAAAUAAUAAAAAUAAUCAAAAUAAAGUGAUCUCUCAGCUAAAAUGAAAGAAGUUAUUCUCAUUCAUGAAGAUCUUGCUUCUAAUUAUAAUAAAUUAGUAACUUUUGCAUAAUCAACUUAAGCAUAACUUUCUAAAGUUUUAACAUAAGUAAUUAUUUAAUCUAAGUUUAUAUUUAGAUUAAAUAAGGUUAAUAGUUGGAUGAAUCUUAAAUAAAAGAAUUAUAAAAUAUUCUAAAAUUUAAAGAUUUUCUAGAAAAUGAUCCAGAAUUAACAUUAAGAAAUAGUGGAAUUUAUGAGUUUUUUUGA